AUGGACGACAUCAUCUUGGCAAGCUCCUCCAAGAAAAUGAUGUGCAAGGUACAAUAUUUAUUAGAAUCUAUGUUUAAACUCAAGGUUUUAGGUGAUUUAAAAUACUUUCUGGGACUGCAACUUGCAAGAUCAUCUAAAGGCAUUGUCCUUAGCCAAAGAAAGUACACCUUGAGCAUAUUGGAAGACACCAACUUUGUUGAUGCUAAGCCGAUUUCUUUACCUAUGGAGACAAAUCUGAGGAUGAGUGCCUCUGAUGGGGAUCCAUUGCAUGAUCCUUCCACUUAUAGGCGUAUAAUUGGGAGGCUAAUAUACCUUACAAUAUCACGCCCUAACAUCACAUAUGCUGUCUCCACAUUAAGUCAAUUUCUAUCCAAACCAACCUUCACUCAUCUUACUGCUCUCCACCACUUAUUGAGGUACUUAAAAGGGAGUGUAGGACAAGGUCUUCUCUUUUCUGCCAAGUCAGAACUGCGACUUAUAGCAUACGCUGAUGCUGAUAAUUGGGCAGGUUGCCCGGACACUAGAAGAAGUGUCACCAGUUACUGCGUUUUCAUUAGUGAUUCCCUUAUCUCUUGUAGAUCAAAGAAGCAACACACUGUCUCAAGGUCUUUCAUUGAAUCUAAAUACUGGGCUAUGGUAGCAGUGGUAGCUGAAUUAACCUGGUUAAGAGACCUUCUCUUUGACUUUCAAGCUGACAUUCUAUCUUCUAUGCUCUUUUUUUACUCACAAUCAACCAUCCACAUUACAACGAAUCCCAUAUUUCAUGAAAGAAUAAAGCAUAUCGAGAUCGAUUGUCACUUUGUUCGAGAGUGA